CAACCCAAAAAAAUGACCCAUGACGCUUUGGCCUCAGCUCUGCCAACUCCCUGAGACACCAAAUUGUUGUACAGUAAACUUGUACAUCAACAGCCCUGGACAACCUUCCCUUUAUCCAAAGUAUCCUCAACCACGUGCAGCUAUCGCCCUCUUCGCUCUCUCUAGGCCCUGUCCUAAUAUUCGAAUCUCCGUAAAAAUAAUCAAUCAAUUGACUACCCAGAUUGACUACCUGGGUAGGCAUCCUAAAUAAGCCUGGUCGCACCCGUGGACAUCUGAUUGCGCUGUCGCCUCUUUACUAUAGUCGAUCUAAAGUCGAAGAUGCUCCGUGAACUUCCGCAAUUCCUAGUCCACUACCUUCAUUCAUGAAUUCGCAGCACCACACCUACAGGAUUCCUUAACAAUGGAUCAUCCGCGCCAAAAUGGUGCUUUCGGCCAAGGCCGUGAGGGCAAUAGGGCUGAGAGAUUCGAGGAGGAGAAGAAGCGCAUUGUGGAAAGCUGUUUUAACAAGAGGGAUGUCGACGGGUCUAUACUCGAAACCUAUAUCACCCACAUCAAGAUCACCGAGUACGCUUCUCAUCCCUCUUCACCCCCGCCUCCUGAUCAGCGAGCCCAAGCAGAAAAGCCUCGAGUGAUUAUCGUCGCUGUACGAAAGUCGGGCAGAGUUCGUAUGCACAAAUCCAAAGAAAAUGCCAACGGUUCAUUCUCCAUUGGAAAGACAUGGGAUUUGAAUGACCUGAGCGCCAUCGAAUCCUUUACAUCCCCAGAUACUGAUCCCCAGAAACGAGAAUGGGCUGGAGAUACAGGGUUUAUCGUCAGCGUCGGGAAACCGUACUAUUGGCAAGCUCAGGCCGACAAGGAAAAGAAGUUCUUUAUUGCCAGCUUAGUCAAGAUAUACGGAAAGUAUACUAGCGGGAACGUGCCCGAGUUGAAGGGUUUCGACCCCCGCGAGUUAGAUCAAGUGCUAGGAUCGCGACGUCCACCACCGAGUCGAAGUGGCCCUUCUGAUUCUACUCCCUCUUUACGAGCCGGUCCUGGUCCUACUCCUACGCCUCCUCCGUCAAGAUCUGCUGCGACACCCCCGCGGAUGGACCCCAAACCUUACAGACCUGAUCCUGUACCAUCUCAGCACGACACUCUACCUAUACAGAGCCCACCUAAUCCUCUUGCUCCCGCAGGCGGAAUCCAACCAUUCCGCCCUAAUAAACCUCCUAGUUCACCGGGCCGUAAAUUAGCGCCCCCUAAUGGAACUUCUGCACCAGCGCCGGCAGCUGGGCUAGAUUCUGCUCGUUCCGGGAGCCAACAGGCCGCUUUACGUAGGUUGGCAGGGAACAACAAAAGUCAAGAUUCCGUAGCAGCAUCAGUCUCCACAAUAAGAAGUGAGGAUGCAGCGAGCCUGCCUCCACGCUCAAGGGGUGGAAUGACCGGUCCCGGGGCAUUUGGCAGAUUUGCUGAGCCAUCUGAGUCGGCUUCUCAAGUUGAUUUGCCGGAUAGGAAAAGACCUCCAAUGGAUCCAGCAAGGCCCAAGGAAGUUAUGGACAAUGAUCUCGUGCCAGCACCAUUGAUGAGCCAGACCCCCAAAAGGGAACCGCCGCCACGAAGCACCGAGCGAGGGUCGCCACGGAACAAUUCCAUUGGGAAACCUUUUGAACCUACCUCGCCUCCGAGAAGAGUAUUGCCAAUAGAGCGAAUUCCCGAUACCCCGGAAACCCCAAUAGUCAACAAUGGCACAAAAGCAUCACCAGCCGCUGAAAGCGCAGCUCCUGGGACACCGCCAACCGAAACAUCCGCAGACGACGAUAAUCGCCCUGGCUUAGGUCCCAUGAUCAAGGCGAGGAAAGGCCGCGGUGAUUUAGCGGGUACUCUCUGGAAGGCUGCAUCCGCCGCGACUGCAUUCAAGCCGCGUCCCGGUGGUGCUGGAGAGAGGUUACGUGAACUGCAAAGCAAAAUCAGUGUUGAAGGUCCAGAUGGCAUAACUAGUGUUGUUCCGGCACCACGACGUCCAGAACCUAAACCUGAGACACCUAAGCCAAUUGAACCUGAGAGGAAAUCUCCAGAGAGGCCUUCUUUUGUCCCUGAAGUCAAGGUCACCAAGCCCAACCCUAGCCGUCCAACCAGUUCACAUGGCCCUGCUAAAGAAUCCAAGCGAAAGAGCCUGGACCAGAUCCAACAAGAAGAGGAACCGCGACGCUUAACUGUGACUGGUAAUGAUACAAAAUAUCUAACAGCCCUUGGCAUCGACACAUCCGUAUUAGCUGAUCAGACUCCUGAAUUUGCAAGAUGGCUAGAUCAUUUUGGCUGGGUUCCUGGUGAGCAGAUGCGAAGUCGCAAUUUUGAGGAGAUGAAACUUGACAUCGACCGCGAACUUAAUAAAGUCCAAGCCGGAGGCUGGGUCGUACGGUUUCAGGCAGAGGAUGAUCGGGUCGAGGCAAUAAAAAGAGGCCUCGACGUCGCUAUCACAGAAUGUGAUGAGCUUGACAAUCUUCUCACUCUAUACAGUGUAGAGUUAUCGACUUUGUCCGAUGAUAUUGCAUACAUAGAAGCCCAAGGGCAAGGUCUACAAGUGCAAGCAGCAAAUCAAAAGCUUCUCAGGAAGGAGCUGGAGUCGCUACUUGAUACAUGUGCCAUCACCGCCGAAGACUUGCGAGCUCUCUCUGUGGCACCCCUUGAGACGACUUCAGGUCUAGAGGAAAUCGAAACGGCCCUUGUUACACUGUAUAAAGCCAUGUCGAAGAUUGACUCCUCCGCUGCUGGAUCCGAGCUUCGAAAGAGUGAAGAUAUUAGUCCUGGGGGGCAGCCAUCCACUCUCAAUACCGAUUAUGGUAAAAUGCGAAUUGUCCAAGAGAAAAAGGAGAUGUAUCGCUCGGAGAGCGUUGCGUUUCUAGAGAGAUUUAGCGUUUUUAUAGCCCGACAGUUUGACAAGGCAUCCUCAGAAAUUAAAUCAGCUGUUGAGGGGGCUCUGUCGAAAAAGGUCGACCCCGGCCAUCACGAUGUUGGUCGGGACUUGCUUUGGCGCUACAGUCCACUUAUAUUGUAUGCCAGAGAGGUAGACCUAGAAGGGUGGAAUCGCUGUCUCCAAGUGUACCAGGAGAAGAACCUUCCGCUCUACAAGUUCAGGUUGAGGGACAUUGUAGACUCUUGGAAACGCAAUGCCAGAAGACUUACUGGCGACGAAGGGGAGCUCCUUUUCACUACUGAAGUGGAGAGACAACAAGAAGGCACAAUGGCUACUGCCCGAAAACUUACUGUGAAAAGAAGCCAGAAUUUUGCGAGAACUCUACGGGGUCCUCUCGGCGAGGGCAGUAAGACAAGCCUGGACAAGAUCUCAGACGGCCGCAGCUUCCCCUACGAAGCAUUCUCUGGCAUGAUGGAUGAUAUAGUUCCUCUGAUUGAGAUUGAGCAAAACUUUAUCGUCGACUUCUUCCAUGCUACAACCCUAGAAACUGCCGAUUUCACGGACCUUGUAGUGGCAGCGAGGCCACGCGAUCGACGAGGUGGUGAUUUAAAACGACAUCGGCUUAUGGAGCCUGACCGUGAAUUAGCAAGAAGGGUCACGCGAGCUAUGGAGGCCAUAUUCUCGUUUUUGGAACAAGACUUGCAAAGCACUGUCGACUGGGUUCUGUCUCAAGAUCCACUACAAGGAGUUGGCGUUCUCGCAAUACUCGAGCGGAAGCAGGUCGAGAUAACACAGUCUAACCAAGACUUCCUAAACAAUAUCUUACAGAAGCUUCAGGGUAGUCUUGAGACCCGAUUCGCCAAGUUUGUCGAAGGGCAAAUACGCGCAAUCGAAGAAACGAAGGUCAAAAUCAAGAAACGCAAAGGAGUUAUCUCUUUUAUGCGAGUGUUCCCGCUGUUUUCUAAUGCGGUAGAAAACAUGCUCAUGUCAGUCGAUACGAAUUCUCCGGUCAGACGCAGCGUGGAUCGGGAGUAUGAUCGCAUCAUUAAGACUAUGUUCGAUUCACUGAAGGUCAUCGCUCGAGAAAACCCCGCUACGCUCACCAAUAGCGGCGCCGAUCCGGAAGACAAGGAAGCUCUCAACUACCAUAUCCUACUGAUUGAGAACAUGAACCACUUCCUUGAGGACCUCGACACACAUGGCUUAGAGAUCCUCGAGGAUUGGAAGGAGGCAGCUGCCAGUGAGAUGAGCGAACAUGUGAAUCUAUACCUUAAUGCCGUCAUGCGCCGACCUUUGGGAAAACUUCUCGAAUACCUGGAGAAUAUCGAAACACAACUAGCCUCGGGAAAGAGCGCUGCCAUCAUAGCCGCACAGCCAAGCAACGCCAAGGGUACGUUCAAUAAGAUUCUCAGUGGCUACGAUGGCCGUGAAGUACGCAAAGGUGUGGAAUCACUGCGGAAACGAGUCGAGAAACACUUUGGAGACGCCGACGAUCCGUCGCUGAGCCGCAGUCUCGUCAACCGUGUCCUCCGAGAAUGCGAAAAGUUUUACGGAGAAAUCGAAGUUCGUAUUUCGACUAUAACCACGACAGUCUAUGGCGGCGAUGUACUAUUUGAAUGGCCACGGGCCGACGUGAAGAGCGCGUUCUCCACCACUGGUCGGUAGGUCGGACCCAGUGAGCGGAAACACGCAGCUUCAAUCGGGCGGAGAUCAACGGGCAGCUCCAGGUCUCGCAUCAUCGCAUCAAUAGACGGGUGGCAUGAAGGGAGUUCGGGCUUCAGUACAUACUCACGAUAAUUGUAUAAGAUGGUUGUUUUCUUCCAAGCGAAUGUUGUUUUCUGGUCCACCAAGUAUCGCGGCUGCCUUCGCGGCUAACUAGUUGUAUAAGAUAGCCAAACACGUUGUUUAAGCAGGUUAGUGAAUUAUACCCGUUAUUUUUAGGCCCAUCUAGUCCAAGGGAUGUUAUCCCAUUACCCUGUUCUUCAACGCAGGAAUCUCGAAAUACUAGGACUCGGUUUCCUAGAAGGGGCGAGGGUUGAAGACAUUGCGGGAUUAGCACUACCCCUAUUUAUUUAUAGGUAAAUCAUGUUGGUGGUCUUGCAAAGUGGCUAGCUACCUAGUAGAUGCCUACUGGGACGUAGGUAGUACUCGAGAUAAUAUAAUUUGAUGGAGUCACGGAGUUCUUUAUGAUAGUAGGGACCUGGGUAGUCGGAGUCGGGACAUCUUAAAUCACUUACUUGAUGGGUAUACUUACAUAGUAUACUCUCUGAUAUUACUUUACUAUAGCACGAUCCUCCCUUAAGACGCAGGGAACGGCAACUUCGUCGUCCCACUUAAGAUUUAACCAGAGGCACUUUGCAUAUCCCCUUG